AACUCCUCCUCGGACAAGGUCGACAGUGCUAGCUGCAGUUAGGACAGUGACUUGGACUAGUGUUCCAGCUGAAGUUCGUGACAGUGGUGUCACCUGCGCCCUAAUUUAUCAUCACAAGUUAACGAAGUCUGGGUCGGCGGCUAUAGAGAUUGUGGACGGCGCCAUGGGUUUGCCCGAUUUCUGCUGUAAAGAAUAAGACUAGGUCAGGUGACCUUUCGGGGCUUGAGUGUGGGAGGAACGGAGACAAUCCUCCAUCCCGCUCGGUUAUCCAGAUUCCAGAAUGACUACUAUCUUGACUUACCCCUUUAAAAAUCUUCCUGCUGCAUCAAAAUGGGCCCUCAGAUUUUCCAUAAGACCUCUGAGCUGUUCCUCCCAGCUACGAGCUGCCCCAGCUGUCCAGACCAAAACGAAGAAGACAUUAGCCAAACCCAAUAUAAGGAACGUUGUGGUGGUGGAUGGUGUUCGUACUCCAUUUUUGCUGUCCGGGACAUCAUAUAAAGACUUGAUGCCACAUGAUUUGGCUAGAGCAGCACUUACGGGUUUGUUGCAUCGGACCAGUGUCCCUAAGGAAGUAGUUGAUUAUAUCAUCUUUGGCACAGUUAUUCAAGAAGUGAAAACAAGCAAUGUGGCUAGAGAGGCUGCCCUUGGAGCUGGCUUCUCUGACAAGACUCCUGCUCACACUGUCACCAUGGCUUGUAUCUCUGCCAACCAAGCCAUGACCACAGGUGUUGGCUUGAUUGCUUCUGGCCAGUGUGAUGUGAUCGUCGCAGGUGGUGUUGAGUUGAUGUCCGAUAUCCCUAUUCGUCACUCAAGGAAAAUGAGAAAACUGAUGCUUGAUCUCAAUAAGGCCAAAUCUAUGGGCCAGCGACUGUCUUUAAUCUCUAAAUUCCGAUUUAAUUUCCUAGCACCUGAGCUCCCUGCAGUUGCUGAGUUCUCCACCAACGAGACCAUGGGCCACUCUGCAGACCGACUGGCCGCUGCCUUUGCUGUUUCUCGGCUGGAACAGGAUGAAUACGCACUGCGCUCUCACAGUCUAGCCAAGAAGGCACAGGAUGAAGGACUCCUUUCUGAUGUGGUACCCUUCAAAGUACCAGGAAAAGAUACAGUUACCAAAGAUAAUGGCAUCCGUCCUUCCUCACUGGAGCAGAUGGCCAAACUAAAACCUGCAUUCAUCAAGCCCUAUGGCACAGUGACAGCUGCAAAUUCUUCUUUCUUGACUGAUGGUGCAUCUGCAGUGUUAAUUAUGGCAGAGGAAAAGGCUCUGGCCAUGGGUUAUAAGCCGAAGGCAUAUUUGAGGGAUUUUAUGUAUGUGUCUCAGGAUCCAAAAGAUCAACUAUUACUUGGACCAACAUAUGCUACUCCAAAAGUUCUAGAAAAGGCAGGAUUGACCAUUAAUGAUAUUGAUGCUUUUGAAUUUCAUGAAGCUUUCUCGGGUCAGAUUUUGGCAAAUUUUAAAGCCAUGGAUUCUGAUUGGUUUGCAGAAAACUACAUGAGUAGAAAAACGAAGGUUGGAUUGCCUCCUUUGGAGAAGUUUAAUAACUGGGGUGGAUCUCUGUCUCUGGGACACCCAUUUGGAGCCACUGGCUGCAGGUUGGUCAUGGCAGCUGCCAACAGAUUACGGAAAGAAGGAGGCCAGUAUGGCUUAGUGGCUGCGUGUGCAGCUGGAGGGCAGGGCCAUGCUAUGAUAGUGGAAGCUUAUCCAAAAUAAUAGAUCAGAAGAAGUGACCUGAAGUUUCUGUGCAACACUCACACUAGGCAAUGCCAUUUCAAUGCAUUACUAAAUGACAUUUGUAGUUCCUAGCUCCUCUUAGGAAAACAAUUCUUGUGGCCUUCUAUUAAAUACUUUGCACUUAAGCCUUGCUAGUGUUCUGAGCUUUUCAAUAAUCAGUUUACUGCUCUUUCAGGGAUUUCUAAGCCACCAGAAUCUCACACAAGAGAUGUGUGGGUGGUUGUUUUUGGUCUCUGUUGUCACUAAAGACUAAAUGAGUGUUUGCAGUUGGGAAAGAGGUCAGCUGAGAUUUGGAAAUCAUCUUUGUAAUAUUUGCAAAUUACACUUGUUCUUAUCUGUGUCCUAAAGAUGUGUUCUCUAUAAAAUACAAACCAACGUGCCUAAUUAAUUAUGGAAAAAUAAUUCAGAAUCUAAACACCACUGAAAACUUAUAAAAAAUGUUUAGAUACAUAAAUGUGAUGGUCAGUGUUAAUAAAGUGGAGAAAUAUUGGA